GGCGCUUCCUGCAGCAGCUGAGUCGGAACCGCGGGACGCGCACUCGCGGGGAUGAGCCAGACGCCGGACCUCAGGGCGCGCAGGGUCGCCGCGGCCGAGCCCACGCCGGCGCCGCCCCGCCUGGUGCAGCUGAACGUGGGGGGCGUGCGCUACACCACCACGGCCGACACCCUGACCCGGCACCCCGGCUCGCGGCUGGCGGAGAUGCUGCGCGACCCCCGCGCCGCGCUGCUGGACGCGCAGGGCUGCUUCUUCAUCGACCGGCCGGGCGCCUGCUUCGGGCCCAUCCUGGACUACCUGCGCUGCGGCGCGCUACCCUCGCAGCAGCUUGCGGCCGUGCGGCGAGAGGCAGUGUUCUACCGGCUGGACGCGCUUGUGCAGCUGCUGGACGACACGCCCGAGCUGUUCGGCGAGCGCGUGGGUCGCGGGCAGCUGGCGCUGCGCGUGCCCGGAUACAGCGAGAGCCUGGAGCUGCUGGUGCGCCUGGCGCGCGCCGACGCGGUGGCGGCGCGCUGCUCGCGCGUGCCCGUGUGCGCCGUGCGCUCCGACGAGGACGCGCAGCGCUGCGCCGCCGGCCUGCGCGCGCUGCGGGAGCGCGGCUCCGUUGUCACUUUCGGGCCCUGGGAGGCGUCCGCGGGCGUCCGCGACCUCCUGGACUGCGUGCUCCUGGACGUGCAGGCGCGGGGCUACCGCGCGUCCUACGAGGCCUCCUCGUGGCCCACGGCGGCGCGGGGCAAGGCGGGCGAGCACUUCUACACCUUCCUCUUCACCUGGUGGUAACCUUAGCGCUCUGGAACA